AUGGCUGUGCAGGGGCCCGUGCCUGGGGCCACCUCCCCCCGGGAGGUGGUGGUCCCGUAUCUGCGCCCCUCCAUCCCGCAGAUGGCGUGCGUGGAGCCCGUGGGCCAUCCGCUCGCAGCGCAGCCUCAAGUGGGUUCACUCCUGAGCUGGCAGCAGCAGCAGCAGCAGCAGCAGCAGCACCAGCAGCAGCAGCAGCAACUGCUGCCUAUACAACUGCAACAGCUGCAGCUACAACAGUUUCAGCAGCAGCAACAGCAACAGCUGCAGCAACAGCAGCAGCAGCAGCAGCGGCAACAACAGCAGCUGCAGCAGCUGCAGCUGCAGGCCAUGCAGCAGCCGCUCCCCGGCCCUGUGCAAGCCGCCGCCGCCGCCGCUGCGGCCACGCGCGCCCUGGCGUCUCCGCACUCGUGCCCGCGCGCCCCUCUGGCCGCCGCCGCGCCCGCUGACUGCGGCCUGGGCACCGCCGGGAGCGUGGGCCAGCCCUCGUCCCUCUCCGGCGCGCUGGGGUCGCCCCCGGCCGCCCACCUCAGCACGGCUUCUGGCGUCGCCUGUUCAUCUGGAGAGGACACGCCCAUCUCUCACGCCGGCGCCGCUGGCCGGCCGGCGGCGGGCCCGGCCACGGGGUCCGACGGCAACACGGCCGCCACCUCAGCGUCGGGCAGCUUCCACUCCUCGCCGCGCCUUCAGCAGGGCCGCGGUGCGGGCACGGGCGCGGCCCCGCGGCCGAGUCGUGGGACCGGCGGCAGCGGCGGCGGUGGCGCCGGCGUGCGCGUCGGCGGUGCGAUGCUGUCGGCUGCGUUGUGGCCGAUCGGGUGA